UGUAAUAAAGUCAUUUGAGUUACUUUCAUGUCCUGGAACUGUCCGUGUGAAACAUGAUCACACUGUUCACACUAGAGUUUCCUCAUCAGUGUUCAUUAACCACAACGAAAGAAAGAAAGUGAAAGACAGACACUGAAGAAGUGAGAGUGCAGCCUUUAAAGUCAGAUGAACACACGUAUACACUGAGUUCCUGUUCUUCUCUCAGAUAGAAACUGUCUCUGUUCAUUGUGGUUCAGUCUGUUGGAGGAUGAGGAUGAACAUCUGCAGCUGCCUGUUAGCUUUAGUUCUGGGCUGUAAUGUGACAGCAGAAAUAAUCCAUCAAGUAGUCAAAGAGGAGCAACAAGUCUCUCUGCGUUGUUCUCACUCUGUGGAGGGUAAAGUGACGUGGAGCAGAGAGAUUAAUGGAAACACAGUUAACAUAUUUAUAGUUGAUGGUGACAGAGAGCAAAGAUUCAAUGACCCCCACAAACGAUAUGGUUCAAUAGCAGAUAAGUCACUGCACAUCUCUAGAGUUGCUGUCUCAGACUCUGGAAAAUACUUGUGUAAUAAUGAAUCAGCUGUGGAACUGACGGUGAUCCCAUCAGGAACAACAAUAGUCAGUAUUGCAGAGAAGUCCAACGUCACUCUGACAUGUCCUGAUGUUGUUGGAGGGUCACAUGUUCCAACAUGGACCAGAGAGAUUGCUGGAAAACAACAACAAAUCAGGCCUCAUUUUUCAGCUGUUGACAAGUAUCUGAAUAUACCAGACGUGCAGCCUGGUGACUCUGGACUGUACUACUGUGAUGGAAAACCAGCUGCAAAUCUAACUGUGACCAAAGGUGAUCAGUCUGAGAGAGGUGAGACACAAGAACUCAAAGACACACACAAAAAUAUGAAGGCAGGUAAAGCACAGAGAAGAAGUUAUUUAAAGGAAUAAUCU